CGCAGAUGUGAUUGUACGUACGUGUGUCUCAUAGUUCCCUGUCCGUCUUUAUAAAAUCAGCUGCAUUUUCUCAUUAAUUUUCAUCUCUAUCCCUACACACACAUACACCAUUUGUUUUCUCCGUCUUCAAGUCUUUAUGACUUUUUCUGUUUGCACAAACUACCCUUUGCUUUAUACCAGCUCAAUUUAAAUCUUGAAAAGUUCCCCGUGUUUUCAGCAUAAUUUCUUUUCGGCCCCAAAUUUUCGUAAUUGAUUCUAAUUAUUUUAAUUUUGUUAAAAAAAAGGAAGGAGAAAAAAUGAAGGAAAACAAGGGGAAUCCACUGCACCUCUCAUCCCUGAACCACAUAUCACUUGUCUGCAAAUCAGUUGAGGAAUCAACUUCCUUUUACCAAAACGUCCUCGGGUUUGUACCCGUCAGGAGGCCCGGGUCACUCAAGUUUGAUGGAGCGUGGCUGUUUGGUCAUGGGAUUGGAAUUCAUCUGCUGCAAUCCGAAGAUCCAGACAAUAUGCCGAAGAAAACAUGUGAGAGCAUGGGGAUGGUGGAGAAGAAGCUGACUGAGAUGGGGAUUGAUUGGGUGCGGCAGAGGGUAGAGGAAGGCGGGGUGUACGUGGACCAGCUGUUCUUCCACGACCCAGACGGGUUCAUGAUCGAGAUAUGCAACUGCGACAACAUGCCGAUUGUACCCCUGGCUGGAGAGAUUGUACGCUCAUGCUCCCGGCUCAACAUGGUGCAGCAACAGCCGCAGCCGCAGCAGAUCCACCCUCCCGUGGUGCGACCUUAAUAAAAACGUAUUGUUAUGGUGGGGGUGUCCACGUCAGCAGAUGUCUUCUGGCGCAACUGUUUGUCCGUUAGUCACAGAAAGAAGAGUCGUGUGCUCAGUUGAUGUAAUAAAACGAGGUUUUUGGCCAUUUUGGUUCAAAUAGCAAAGUCCAAAUCGAAUUUCUCAUUUUUAGGUGUUACGUUUUUUCCCUGUCUCCUUUUUCAUUUUUAAGAAAUGAAGCAAUUCAAUAAUGUGGAAAGGACGCCUCUGUCUCCUUUUUCAUUUUUGAGAAAUUAAGCAAUUUAAUAAUGUGGAAAGGACGCCUAUAAAAUCACAAAUGUUGUAUCAAUUAAUUUUUCAAUGUUUGUCCAAUUAACUUUCGAAAUUCCUUGAAGAGAAACAAAGAAGUGAGAUUCGAGAGGAGAUGGACAAAAUAGAAACUCAAUAAAUUGAGUUUUAUGUCUGCCACCUUUGAUAUUGGACUUCUCUUAUUAUGUGUCACUCUUGUACAAAUGCUGCUUUAUUUUCAAGUAGUCAGCUUUUAUUUUUAUUAUUAUAAGUUUAUGUAGAUCGGUACAGUAAUUGACACCAUUAUGUCUACUCCAAUAGUC